AUGUCCAUCGACAACAAAGAUCCCGUCAAGGAGGAUACUCCAGAGACCGUGGGUUCUAGUCCCGAGGGCGAACAUCAGCCUGCGCCUAAUGGCACUUCCAACAAUGCCAAUGGUGCUGCCGAGGGCCAGCAACCAAAGCGAAAGGGCGGCCGUAAGCCUAUCUACGCCACGUCCGAGGAGCGUAAGCAACGCAACCGCCAGGCUCAAGCUGCCUUCCGCGAGCGUCGCACAGAGUACAUCAAACAGCUUGAGGAAGCCAUCCGCGUUCAUGAGUCCAACCUGCACAACCUCCAGGCCGCUCAUCGGACUGCUGCCGAUGAGUGUUUGAUGCUGCGCUAUAAGAAUUCCCUAUUGGAACGCAUCCUCUUGGAGAAAGGCAUCGAUGUUCAGGCUGAACUUCGUGCCAAAACUGGCAGUCCCAACUUGGGACCGACUCAUGCUCCUCAGAACAUGGUUCAACCCCCACCUAUCCAGCGAGCCAUUUUGAACCGACAUCACCAGUCUCGCCGAUCCAAUUCGAGCAUCGCCCCGAAACUGGAGCCCGGCAUCAGCCCUCUGCCUCCGCCAAUCCAAGCAGCUCACUCGGCUGCUUCUCCAAAGGGACGGCCCACCCCUUCAUCACACUCCAACUCGCCAACAAACACGGCACCGUACGGCGGCCAGCAAGCGCUUUCACCAGCAGCCUCUGACCACGGCCCGCUUCGUCCUGGCAUGGCAUCGUCCAUGAAGUCUCAGCUCAGCCCCAUGGGUCCCAUGAACCCGGCCGCUCGAGCUCACAUGAUGUCCGGCGGCCCUCCUCGCGUUGGCAACAGUGGUUCUUACUACCCGACACCUGGGUUCCAGAACCACAUUGAGCAGCUAGAACAAGAAUAUGAUGCUCCUGCGGACAUGAUCGAAGACUCCGAGAUCGACACCCCGAGCGGACCUGGUCCAUAUCCCAACGGCUUCUCCGGCGACGCACCACAGCACAUGAUGACUUCGCCAAACUCCGUUGGUCCCGGUCACGGUCAGCACAUGACGUCUCAGGCUGAGCCUCCACAACCUGCCCACACGACACAGGGUGCAUACCCUUCCAUGACGCAACUCUUGGAUACCGGCAUCGACUGGGAUCCCUUUGGACUGAGCGCCAGUAUGGCCUUCCCAUCACAAUUCUCUUUCGAUACCAGCAACAUGCGGUAA